AUGGCAGUCGACAUCAUCCAUCGACGCACCUCACCCUCUACCCAACUCUCGUUUCUAACGAACACACUGUCCUCGGUGUCAUCUAUCCGUCGGAUCUCCAUCUUAGUCCACGGAUGGGGUUGCCAGGCAACACAUUUUAUUCCUCUCAUCGCCCGCCUAACUGCGAACGGAGAAAAUGCUGACCACGGCUAUCUCUAUCUCGCAGUGGAUCUUCCAGGCCACGGCGAGUCACCAGCAUCUAUAUUGCCUGAGCCUGAGAACGGCGGCAUGACCGAGCUCAUCGUUGCACUGAUCUGCGAGGUACUCCAUCAGCAAAUAUAUGACCACGCUCCUAGUGGUGAUAAAAAACGGCAGUCGAUUCCGACCGUGUUAUACGGUCAUAGUAUGGGCACACUAGUGGCCCUGGAAUUGUUGAUGGCACUCCAAGACCAUAGCCUGAUGGAAGUUUCUCACCUGGUUCUACUCGAUGCCGCCUGGACAGGCGAACAAACCGCCGAGCCGUUGAAUUAUAACGACCUACGAAAGACGGCAAUAAAAUACCGAGAGUCGAUUCAAGAGCAGUUGAGUCAGUAUUUCGGUCCACGGACUUCACUGGAAUUUGAAUCUACGACCCGAGCCGGCUUCGCUGGCUUGGAUUUCGAGUAUGCGCUACGAAUGGGUCACUGGUAUCGUGGAGUGGAAGCCAAGGCCGCACAGACGUUGCAGAAUCUCGACGCAAAGAAUAGGCUGUUGUUGGGUUCCGGAGACAAGCCCGUUCGCAUAUUGAUUGUACAAAGCCAAGAGGCUCACGGACCCGAUGGGAGACACAGCCUCGUCAGUGGACAGUCUACUGCGCACAUGCUUUUUGUCCGUCGCCACCUUGCCUCGGAGUGGACGCAAGAGCUAGUAAUAGAGGGGACGAGUCAUUAUCCCCAUGUGGAUGAUGUCGACGAGGUUGUGGAAUGCCUGGCCAAGUUCUUUAGUCAAUAG